CUUUAGCGUUAGAUCUAAGAAGACGACGGAGACCUUUCACAGCCGAAGCAACCAACACCCCACCAUCACCUAAAAUCACCAACCCUAACCAGAACAAAUCUCUCUCUCUCUCUCUCUCUCUCUCUCUCUCUCCGUGCCUUUGUGUUUAAUGCGCGCGAAUCGAAUACCAAAGAGGGCACGAUCUGAUGGUGGUUGAGUGCUGGCACCGGUUAUAGUUCUCGGUUCGCGGUGGGAUCGAAACACACUGCAGAUCGGAAUCGGAUGGAUAAGGACAAGAACAAGAACCGUACCGAUCUGCUUGCUGCUGGCCGUAAAAAGCUUCAACAAUUUAGGCAGAAGAAGGAUGGUAAAAGCAGUAAAUCCUCGGGUAAAGCUGCUAAAUCCGAGCAUGAUAUUGAUGCUGAUGCAGCAUCUGCAGCUAAACCGGCAGCCGCAUUGUUACAAGUUCCUGAUGCAGUUGUCAGUUCAGUGCAUGACUCUAAUGAGGGGUUUGUUGAUAUACCAGUCGCAUAUUCUCAUGGUCAUUCACAGUCUAACGAUGUUGAUAUUGCUGAUAUUGAUCCUCUGUCAGUGGGGCUUAUGCUCGAGGCAAGCUCAGUUCCAACAACACUGGAAAGCAGUGUGGAGUUGAUGCGUGAGGACUUGGGAGUCAAUGAAGCUAUGAUGAAUUUGGGUGCCGUCAAGGAACAAGAUUUGGAAUCUUCAGUUACAUAUCAAGCUGAUAGUACCCAAACUCUUAGUGUGGAGAGUGCAAUGCUUACUUCAGGAAAUUCCGGAGGUUUAGUUUCUGAAAUGAACUCUGUAUAUCUGGCUUCCCCCAUCACAGUUGAUUCUUUCACUCCACCUGACCUGGUUGGUGUUACUAAACUGGUUGGCAUAGCAGUUGAAGCAGAGCAUGUACAUGGGGCAGAUCAGGUGACAGACGUAGGGGCAAUUCAGGGAGCUGACUGUUUGGUUUCAAAGCAAGUUGAUACAAGCAGCGGGAUAGACCUUGAGGGAGAUGCGAUGCUUGAUUUACCUGGGCUCGGUGAAAGUGCUGAAUUUUGUGUAGGGUCUUCUUGUGGAGACACAAGCAUGAAGGAGCCAACCAUUGAAAUGGAACCGACCAAGUUGAAUAGUAUUUCUGCAGCCGCUGGUGAAACCAAUGAGGUGAAAGAAGUCUGGACAAUGGAUGGGCAUUCAGUUUCACCCCAGCUUUUACGCGUGUCACAUGAUUGCUCAGCUGUAACUCCUGAACUAGCAGUGCAUCAGGGAAAAGAUGCAGUGGCAUCAUUUCUCAAUGAAGGAAAAUCAGAAAUGCGGUCUGCAGAAGGGUAUGAAGCCAAUUCGCAGGAAGAGGUUGUUAAUGUUGAGGACUUUUUGGUAGCCGAGGCAAGGCCUAUGGAAGAUAAAAUGGUGAGUUUGUCUUCUGGCACGGGUAUAAUUUCGAUGAGUGUUUCUCAUCUCGCGAAGCUGCUAAGAAUGCUAGAUGAAGAGGAGUUUAAAUUGGUGCUAGCAUCAAGAGAAUUAACAGCAGAUUCAGAAUUUAGGAGUACUGACAGUUCAACUACUAAUGGAGAACUAAGGAGUAACAGUAGGACCAUUGUACCAGAGUAUCAGUCCUCUGAUGUUCUGGAGGAAGUUACAGAGCAAUUAUAUCUUGCAAAUGUAGAAAAAGAUGUCUUUCUCUUGCAACUCAAUGAGCAAUUGGUGCAACAUUUGGAGUUCAGUCACCAGCAUAAACAGUUGCUUGAUGAGAUGUCUAUUGCCAGCAGUUUGAUCACCGAACUUCGUGGGAGGAAUGAAAGCCUUGCUGAAGAGCUUGUGAAGUGCAAGUCUGAAUUUCAGGCUGCUGUUUGUGCAACAGAGGAACUUGAGAAGCAAUUUCAUACUGCAAAGGCUGAGAUCGGGGGAAUAUCUACCAGAGCUGAUGAGUUGCAUCUAGAGCUGGAGAGAUCACAUGGGGAACUCUCAAGUCUGUCAGCAGAUUUAGCUGACUGUAGGGCUUUGGUGUCAGCAUUACGGGUUGAGAAUGAUAACUUGAAUGGGAAUCUUACUUCGGCAGUUGAGGAGAAAAAGAGACUGACAGAGGAGAAGGGAUAUUUGGCACUUGGUAAUGAGGAGCUGUUGAAAGAGUUAGCUGAGUGCAAAGGUUCGUUAUUAUCAUUGCAGGAGGAAAAUGUCAACUUAAGUGGCAGUCUUGCAUUGAAAUCAGAGGAGAGAAGGAAGCUUAAGGAGGAAAAAGAGAAUGUUGUCCACGAGAAUGAGAAACUAUUGACCAACUUAACCGAGCACAAGGCUUUGUUGGAAGCUCUUCAGGUGGAAAAUGCCACCCUAAAUGGAAGUCUCACUUCGGUAAUGGAGGAGAGAUUCAGGCUUGGAGAAGAGAAGGAUCAUUUUGUCACUGAAAAUGAGGAAUUAUUGUCUGAGUUAGCGGACUGCAGAAGUUUAGUGGCAGGAAUACAGACAGACUAUCGCAAGGCUGGGGAUGGCAUGAAAGAUGCAACUUUGCAUCUUGAACAACUUGAACAGGAAAACAUGUUGUCAUCGAAAUCUGGGGAUGCUGCAAAUCAAAUUGAGGUUACUGACAUGCCAAGCAGGGGCCCAGAAUGUGCAACUACUGCCGAUGAGACUCACCAACUUCUCAGGGAGUGGAAGACUGAAAAUUUCUCCCCUCGCUUAAGAAAACCUGACGAUGGUUCUAUGGAUUGGUCACACGUUGAGCAGCUUAAAUUGGAGGCCUGUGAUCAUUCCUCAGGGUUUGUAGAUUUGAAGGUACACUUAGAGGAGGCAGAGAAUAUAACCCAAGAACUUGAGAAUGCAAUUGAAGGAAUGCACUCACAUUCGGUGUCCUUAAGUAAGUCAAGUGGGAAAAUGGUUGUGCCAGCAGUAUCAAGACUGAUUCAAGCCUUUGAGUCAAAGGCUCAUCUUGAUGAUCAUGACAUAGAGGAAGUGCCUUCAGCGGCAGAUCAAUCGCUUGUCAACUCAUUUACCUUAAUAAAGGAGCAAACAAGAAAGCUGAGAGCAGUUUUUAAGAAGUUGCAUGCCGAUGCCAAGAAGGCCAGUAAAUUGUACAUGGGGGAGAUAGACUGUAGAAUAGCUGCUGAUGCUGCACUCGGGGAGCCCAAGGUGACUUAUGAAGCUCUGGAGGAACACAUUAUCUUCUCUGAAGCAGCAAUUAUAGAACUCGUUGUUUUAUAUGAAUUCUUAAAGCAACAUUUGUAUGAUAUCGAAGCAAAGAGGGUUGAGCAUCUGGCACUGUGUCAAGCACUGAGGGAACAAAGUACUGUUUCUGUUGCAAAGAACAUCGACCUUGUUAAAAAGCUUGGUGAUUAUCAGUUACGUGCCAGGGAAUUGGAGAGACAAUUGGAUGAGAUGCACUCAAGUUCAGAUGAGAUGGCUUCCUCUAUGUCUAAUCAAGUGGAGCUUAUGCACAUAGAGGUAGCUGAGAGGGCAUCAAUGCUUGAGCAAGAAUGGAAUUCUACUGUUGCUCGGAUUGUUCAGACAGUGGGGAAGCUUGAUUUGCUGGUUGGGAGCUCAUACUCCACCACCCCUUUAACUUCUUAUUAUCCGGAUGGCCUGUCAGAUACAGGCACCCUUGUGGCUUCAUCUGUUGAGGCUGCAACGACAGUGAUUGAAGAUCUUCGGAAGAAACUUGAAGCUUCUAGGAAAGAUCAUGAAGCCAUGUCGAGUUCUCUCAAAAGUUUGUAUGAAAAGCAUAAUGAUUUGCAUGGAAAGCACGAAUUGGCCAGUGGUGUAUUACUUAGGGUAUAUAGUAAUCUUAAGAAACUUGUAGAUGAUUCAUGCGGGCACAUAGAGGAGAGCCGAAUUAUUCAACAAAAUGAGAAUGUUCUAGAUCCUCUAUCUCUUAAUAACUAUGAUACCCUCAUGGAACAAGUAGCAGUGUUUCUGGGUGAGAGGCUGCAACUUGAAUCAAUGAACGACCAACUCAAUUUAGAGAUGAUUAAUAAGGCAAAAGAAAUAGAGGAAAUGAAGGAAAGAGGCCUUGAUUCAGAUGGCAUUCUGAAGCUGGUUGAAGAUGUUGAAGGUGCAAUCAUGCUGGAGGGCACUGGUCUUAAGUCAGAUAACCUUGGAUCACGGCUUCAGUAUUUGAUCUCUUUUCUUUUUCACAAAUACAAAGAGGCUGAUAAGACAGUCAGGUGGACCACAAGAACAAACUCUCGUGAGGAGAUGGAAUUAAGUGAAUUGCAGGGCCAAAUAGAUCACUUGAUGUUCUUGAUUGUACAACAUGAGACUGAAAACCUCAUUCUUAAGGAAAGUUUAAGGCAGGGAGUGGAGGAUCUUAUUGCUAUUCGGUCCGACUUGCAGGAGAAAGUAAAUGAACUCGAACAGUCAGAGCAGCGGGUAGCAUCAAUCAGGGAAAAACUUGGCAUAGCUGUUUCCAAGGGAAAAGGUUUGAUUGUGCAGCGUGACACCCUCAAGAAAUCUCUGGCUGAAACAUCCAAUGAACUGGAUAAAUGCUCACAGGAGUUGCAGUUGAAAGAUACCAGGCUUCAGGAGGUUGAAACAAAACUGAAGACCUAUUUGGAGGCAGGUGAACGGGUGGAAGCUUUGGAAUCUGAGCUCUCAUACAUUCGCAACUCGGCUACUGCAUUAAGAGAAUCAUUUCUUCUCAAGGAUUCUGUACUUCAGAGGAUAGAAGAGAUUCUGGAUGAUCUUCAACUUCCAGAGCACUUCCAUUCCAGAGAUACAAUCGAAAAAGUUGAUUGGUUAGCGCAAUCAAUUACUCGAAACACUUUUGCUCUUACGGAUUGGGAUCAGAAAAGUUCUGUGGGAGGAGGAUCAUACUCUGAUACAGGUUUUGCAGCUAUGGAUGCGUGGAAAGAAGAUUCCCAGCUGAACUUAAAUUCUGGUGAUGAUUUGCAAAGAAAAUAUGAAGAGCUUCAGAGCAAGUUCUAUGGCUUAGCUGAACAAAAUGAAAUGCUGGAACAAUCAUUAAUGGAAAGGAACAAUGUCAUGCAGCGGUGGGAAGAGAUGUUGGAGGGCAUAACUAUGCCUUUGCAUUUACGCUCCAUGGAGCCAGCGGAUAGGAUUGAGUGGUUAGGAAGUGCACUUUCAGUGUCUGAUCACCACUGUAAUGCUCUCCAAGUGAAGAUUGAUAACUUUGAGACAUACUGUGCAACACUAACUGCUGAUUUGGAAGGGUCGCAAAAGAGAUUAUCUGAGCUUGAGACAGCUCUCCAAGCUGUAACUCAUGAGAAAGAGCAUCUCUCUGACAGCUUGGAGAUUCUAACUCGUGAUUAUGAUAAGGUCUCAGAGAAGUUAGUUCAGUUUGAAGUUGAGAAUGAUAAGCUGCAUAAGGAGUUAACUGCUCUGAAAGAUACAUUGGUUGAGAACAAUAGGAAUCAGAAGCACAUUGAGCAUGUUGAUGGUGAGAUUAGAAGAUUGGUGAAUUUGGUUACUGACGUAAUUCGGGAUUCUGUUACAGAUGAUGUGGUUUCUGGUGGCAGUAGUACUGAGUGUUUGGAACGGGUACUGCAGAAGCUUGUUGAAAAGUACACAAAUCUUUCUUUAGAGAAUUGUAUUGUUGUUGAGUCAGAUCAUGAGACAAAAACAGAAAAAGAUCAUGCCAUUCAGUGUGAACAGAGAGAUUCAGAGGGUUUGAAGGCGCAGGAUCUAUCAAUUCUGAAGAAAGAUCUGGACGAGGCUUUGCAUGGUUUGAUUUGUGUAAAAGUGGAAAGAGAUAGAUAUAUGGAGCAAAAUCAAUCCUUGACCCAUGAAGUUGAAGCACUAAAUCUGAAAAGUCAAGAAAUGCAAGAUCUACUUAGUCAGGAGGAGCAGAAGUCAGCUUCUGUACGAGAGAAGUUGAAUGUGGCAGUUAGAAAAGGAAAAUCACUGGUGCAACAGCGUGAUAGUUUGAAACAAACCAUUGAAGAGGUGAACAAUGAGGUUGAACGCAUGAAAUCUGAGAUUAACCACAGGGAUAGUAGUCUUUCAGAAUAUGAACAGAAGAUCAAGGUUUUAUCCACAUACCAGGAAAGUGUAGAAGUCUUGGAAUCAGAUAAUUUGUCAUUGAGAAACCGGUUGGCAGAAACUGAGUACUUAUUGCAUGAGAAAACCCAUACUUUGAGUUUGAUGUUGAAUACUUUGAAGGGCAUUGGUGCUAUUUUUGAGUUCAAUACUAGCAACCCUGUUGAGAUGUUGGAACAAAUUGGGAGACAAUGGCAUGAUCGACAUGCAGCUGUGGCUGCUUCAGAACAGGAUAUGAUGAAAUCAAAAAGAGCAGCUGAGCUACUCCUUGCUGAGUUGAAUGAGGUUCAAGAAAGAAAUGAUGGAUUCCAGGAAGAGCUUGCAAAAUAUUCCAGCGAGCUUUUAGAACUCUCCAAGGAAAGAGAUUUAGUGGAAGCUGCAAAAUGUGAAGCUUUUUCACAAGUUAAAAAGUUAUCUGCGAUUCGCUCCGAGGAAGUAAAUAACCAAUUUGCUGAGCUGAUGAUAUUGAAAUCCUAUGUUGAUCAAGUGAGGAAGGGCUUAUUUGAGACUAAUGAUCUUCUUGGAAGGGUCCUCUCCAAGGAUGUGGAAUAUGUGCAGAAUCUGGAGGCAAGUUUGAUGUCAUGUCUCGAACCAAGUGAGGCUCUGAAUGUGGUUGGCCUGCCUCUGGGUUGUCCUGACAAUGUUAUUUCUCUUAAUAAAGAAAACCAGGAGAUGUUCUUGGUUAAGGAUUUUAUGCUGGACUCAAAGAUACAAGAGCAUAGCAAUGACAAUAAUUUGGUCGAAAUUUUUAGUCUUACUGGGCAUCAAUUGCAAGGUUUGGCAAAAGAAAUUGAUGCUCUUAAAGAAAAAUUAUACAAGCACUCUGUUACAUUAGAUGAAAGAGUCAAGCACGUUGUUGAAGUAGUGGGCAUUGUUCGUAGAGAAUUGACUUCCCACAAAAAGUCCUAUGACUCCAUGAAGGAGAACAUAAUUCGAUUAGAGUGCACCGAGAAAGAGAAAGAUGCUGAAAUUGGUGUAUUGCAUGCAAACAUUAACUUACUUUAUGAAGCCUGCCGUAGUUCAGUUAUCGGAAUUGAGAAUUGGAAAGCUGAUUUUGUCAGCAAUGGUUUGGCUGCCACAGAUCAUGGGAUGAAUUCGGAAACUUCAGUAUCUGUAGAUGGAGGAAACUUCAGCCAACGGACACUUUUGUCCUCUGAGCAACAUUUUAGUACCAUGGCAGAUAGAUUGUUAUCGGUGGUUAAGGACUUCAUUGGUACUCAAGCCAAUAUUGUAGAAGCUGGCUAUAAGGAGAUGAAGACUACCAUUUCGAAUUUGCAGAAAGAGCUUCAGGAGAAAGACAUCAAAAAAGACAGAAUAUGUAUGGAACUUGUAAGUCAGAUCAAGGAAGCAGAAGCUGCUGCAGGGAGUCACUUGCAAGACUUUCAAUCCGCAAAUGUGCGGCUACAUGAUUUAGAGAGGCGGCUUCAAGCGAUGACAGAGCAGCGUAACAUAUUAGAACAGAGAGUGAAAGAAUUACAGGAUGGUGAAGCCAACUCGAAAGACUUGGAGGAGAGAGUUAAAUCGUUGAAUGAAGUGCUGGCUGCUAAAGAACAAGAAAUUGAGUCGCUGAUGCAAGCACUUGAUGAGGAGGAGAUCCAAAUGGAAGAGCUAACAAACAAGAUUGGGGAACUGGAAAGAGUUGUGCAACAGAAAAACGUAGAUUUGGAGAACCUCGAAGCUUCUCGUGGAAAAGCUAUGAAGAAACUUUCCAUCACUGUGAGCAAGUUCGAUGAACUUCAUCAUCUGUCUGGUAGCCUCCUUUCUGAGGUUGAGAAGCUUCAGUUGCAGUUGCAAAACCGGGACGCGGAGAUCUCAUUCUUAAGACAAGAAGUCACACGGUGCACCAGUGAUGCUCUAGUUGCAUCCCAGAUGAACAGCAAAAGAAAUUCAGAUGAGAUCUAUGAUUUGCUGACAUGGUUGGACUCAAUGACUUCUGGGGUUCUGGUGCAUGAUGCGCACUUUGAUGAAGAGAAGCUCGAUGAAGUUCAUCAAUACAAAGAGAGAUUUCAGAAGCACAUCAUGUCGCUGGUUGCUGAAAUAGAGGAUCUAAGGGCAGUGACACGGAGCAGAGAUAUGUUGUUGCAAGUGGAGAGAAAUAGGGUCGGGGACUUAACACGUAAAGGAGAAUCCCUUGAGGACUCUUUACGUGAGAAGGAAUCUCAAUUAACCCGGCUUCUGCAUGCUGGAGAUUCUGUACAGACAGCAAGUACGGCAUCUGAAAUUUUGGAAGUGGAACCAGUGAUUAACAAGUGGGCAGCACCAGGGGCCUCCAUUACACCUCAAGUUCGCAGUUUGCGAAAGGUUAAUAACGAUCAAGUUGCCAUUGCUAUAGAUAUGGACACUGGUAGUGGUGGUAAAUUAGAGGAUGAAGAUGAUGAUAAAGCUCAUGGUUUCAAGUCACUUACUACAUCAAGAAUUGUUCCAAGAUUCACAAGACCUGUAACUGACAUGAUCGAUGGUUUAUGGGUUUCUUGUGACCGCACGCUAAUGCGACAGCCUGUUUUACGGCUGGGUGUCAUCAUAUAUUGGGCUUUUCUGCAUGCCCUCCUUACAACAUUUGUGGUUUGAGAAGAGACUUAACAUGUUCUUGUUCUUUUUGCAGGCAAGAUGCGCAGUCUGGUCACAAACUACCGUUGUCUUGACUCUCUGUUGUAGUGGCAUCAUGCUUUUCUGUAUAAUGGUGAAUUUGUUAUCACAGGGUUAGAUGUUAGAUCAAUUUUUUAUUCAGCUCAACCAUGCUACUGCGGUUUCUACCUUUUUAUGUUUUUAAAUCGCAGAUUGCUUGGUUGCAUCCAAUAAGAAAAUGCCUUGACAGAUGACAUACAUUAAGUAUUGUUACAAGUCAACGAAAGGUUGUGCAAUGUUUCUUCUGUA